CGCUCCUCGUCGAACUACUGUAACAACAAUACUUUUUUAGAGUCAAACGGCUGACGAAGGCCAGUCCGAGUCCACCGGUCGGACAAUAAAGUUAUAAAAAAAGCCGAAACAUGUACGCUGAAGAGGAUCACUAUGAGGAUGAGGACACGGAGGAGAUUUCGUCCAAGGUGUGGCAAGAAGCCUGCUGGAUUGUCAUCAAUGCAUACUUUGAUGAAAAAGGUCUUGUCCGACAGCAACUUGACAGUUUCGAUGAAUUCAUUGAAAUGUCAGUUCAGAGAAUUGUGGAAGACUCGCCACAAAUCGAACUCCAAGCAGAAGCCCAACAUACCACUGGUGAAAUUGAGAACCCGACAAAACACCUGGUGAAAUUUGAACAGAUUUACUUAUCUAAACCCACUCAUUGGGAGAAAGAUGGUGCACCAUCACCUAUGAUGCCUAACGAAGCUAGGCUUAGAAAUUUGACCUACUCUGCGCCACUUUAUGUGGAUAUUACAAAGACCAUUGAGAAGGAUGGCGAAGAACCCAUAGAAACUCAACAUCAAAAGACAUUUAUUGGAAAAAUUCCAAUCAUGUUGAGAUCAAAAUAUUGUCUACUUGCUGGGUUGUCAGAUCGUGAUUUGACAGAAUUGAACGAAUGUCCGUUGGAUCCUGGUGGUUAUUUCAUUAUCAAUGGUUCAGAAAAGGUCUUGAUAGCACAGGAGAAAAUGGCCACGAAUACGGUGUACGUAUUUUCCAUGAAAGAUGGAAAAUACGCCUUUAAAUGUGAAAUUAGAUCAUGCUUGGAGCACAGUUCACGCCCAACGUCGACAUUAUGGAUCAACAUGAUGGCCAAAAGUGGAGCUAACAUUAAAAAGUCGGCUAUUGGUCAACGUAUUGUGGCUGUAUUGCCGUAUAUCAGACAAGAAAUUCCUAUAAUGAUCGUAUUUAGAGCUCUCGGAUUCGUAGCAGAUCGUGAUAUUUUGGAACACAUUAUUUACGAUUUCGACGACCCAGAGAUGAUGGAAAUGGUAAAACCAUCUCUGGAUGAAGCUUUCGUUAUCCAAGAGCAAAACGUUGCAUUAAACUUUAUUGGAACUCGUGGUGCAAGGCCUGGUGUCACAAAAGACAAGCGUAUUAAAUAUGCCAAAGAAAUUUUACAAAAAGAAACUCUACCCCAUGUGGGUAUCAGUGAUUUUUGUGAGACAAAGAAGGCCUACUUCCUUGGCUACAUGGUACACAGACUGCUAUCCGCAUCUCUUGGUCGCAGAGAAUUGGACGAUCGUGAUCAUUACGGAAAUAAGCGUCUCGAUCUAGCCGGACCCCUAUUGGCUUUCCUUUUCCGUGGAUUAUUCAAGAAUUUGAUGAAAGAAGUAAGAAUGUAUGCUCAAAAGUUCAUUGAUAGAGGAAAAGACUUUAAUCUUGAGCUUGCCAUCAAAACAAAAAUCAUCACGGACGGUCUAAGGUAUUCGUUGGCGACGGGUAACUGGGGUGACCAAAAGAAGGCUCACUUGGCCAGAGCCGGAGUAUCUCAGGUGUUGAACAGACUGACGUUCGCCUCCACAUUAUCUCACUUGAGAAGAGUCAAUUCGCCGAUUGGUCGUGACGGUAAAUUGGCCAAGCCUCGUCAGCUUCACAAUACACUUUGGGGCAUGUUGUGCCCUGCGGAAACCCCGGAGGGAGCAGCCGUUGGUCUGGUAAAGAAUUUAGCUCUCAUGGCCUACAUCAGUGUCGGUUCACAGCCUUCGCCAAUCCUUGAGUUCUUGGAGGAGUGGUCUAUGGAAAAUUUGGAGGAAAUUGCACCCAGUGCUAUCGCUGACGCUACCAAAAUCUUCGUCAAUGGAUGUUGGGUGGGAAUACACAGAGAUCCGGAUCAGCUGAUGGCGACUCUUAGAAAGUUGAGGCGGCAGAUGGACAUCAUUGUCUCGGAAGUAUCGAUGAUCCGAGAUAUUCGUGAUCGUGAAAUCAGGAUCUAUACCGAUGCUGGAAGGAUUAGUAGGCCAUUGCUGAUUGUCGAAAAUCAGACUUUACUACUCAAAAAACGACACAUUGAUAUGCUCAAGGACCGAGACUACAAUAACGAUGGAUGGCAAGAGCUAGUCGCUAGUGGUGUCGUUGAGUACAUUGAUACUCUCGAGGAGGAAACGGUAAUGAUCGCCAUGUCUCCCGAUGAUUUGAAACAAGAAAAGGAGUAUGCUUAUUGUUCAACUUACACACAUUGUGAAAUCCAUCCCGCCAUGAUUUUGGGAGUAUGCGCUUCUAUCAUCCCAUUCCCUGAUCAUAAUCAGAGUCCCAGGAAUACUUAUCAAAGUGCUAUGGGUAAACAAGCUAUGGGUGUCUACAUCACAAAUUUCCACGUUCGGAUGGACACACUUGCACACGUACUGUACUAUCCGCACAAGCCGCUCGUAACUACCAGAUCCAUGGAGUACCUCCGUUUCAGAGAGUUGCCAGCCGGUAUCAACAGCAUUGUGGCAAUUUUAUGUUACACUGGUUACAACCAGGAAGACAGUGUCAUCCUGAACGCCAGCGCCGUCGAAAGAGGUUUCUUCAGGUCAGUUUUCUACCGUUCGUACAAGGACUCGGAAACAAAGAAAUUCGGGGAUCAGGAGGAACAGUUCGAAAAGCCAUCGCGUCAAACGUGCCAGGGCAUGCGCAACGCAUUGUACGACAAAUUGGACGACGAUGGUAUUAUCGCGCCAGGCAUUCGAGUUUCUGGAGACGACGUCGUUAUUGGAAAAACCAUGACUCUACCCGAAAACGACGAUGAGCUUGAUAGCACGACUAAACGAUUCACAAAGCGAGACGCCUCUACAUUCCUUCGUAACAGUGAAACUGGUAUCGUGGACCAGGUCAUGCUGACGUUAAACAGCGAGGGUUACAAAUUCUGCAAAAUUCGUGUACGCAGUGUGCGUAUACCCCAGAUCGGUGACAAAUUUGCCUCUAGGCACGGACAGAAGGGUACCUGCGGUAUCCAGUAUCGGCAAGAAGACAUGCCGUUCUCCUGCGAGGGUCUCACGCCCGACAUCAUCAUCAACCCUCACGCCAUCCCGUCCCGUAUGACAAUUGGUCACUUGAUCGAGUGUAUUCAGGGAAAGGUUUCCGCGAACAAGGGAGAGAUCGGUGACGCUACUCCCUUCAACGACGCUGUCAACGUGCAAAAGAUCUCGACUCUCUUGUGCGAGUACGGAUACCAGUUGAGAGGCAACGAGAUCAUGUACAACGGACACACGGGGCGCAAGAUCAACGCCCAGGUCUUCUUGGGGCCUACCUACUAUCAGAGACUCAAGCACAUGGUGGACGAUAAGAUCCACAGCAGAGCGAGAGGUCCCGUACAAAUUCUCGUGAGGCAACCUAUGGAGGGUAGGGCCAGGGACGGAGGUUUGCGUUUCGGAGAGAUGGAGCGCGAUUGUCAGAUCAGUCACGGAGCCGCUCAGUUCCUGCGAGAGCGACUCUUCGAAGUUUCCGAUCCGUACAGAAUACACGUGUGCAAUUUCUGCGGCUUGAUAGCCAUCGCCAAUCUCAGAAACAACACGUUCGAGUGCAAGGGAUGCAAGAACAAGACCCAGAUCUCCCAAGUGAGGCUGCCCUACGCGGCGAAACUCUUAUUCCAAGAACUGAUGGCAAUGAAUAUUGCACCCCGACUCAUGGUUACGUAAACAAGUGACGCGUGAUUUUGUAUUGCAAUUAACUUAUAUUUUCAAUCAUAGUGUAAAAUGACAUUUGUAUUACGUUAAUUAGUAUAUUUUCUAAGAAAUAAAGUGAUUCUUUUCCG